UCAAGCAGUUGCUCCUCCUAAGAACUUCAUCUCCGCUUAUACAAAGGACAUACUCAAGUCAACAUGAUUGAUUUGGUCAGCUCCUUUGGUGUGAUAUCUACCACAGAGGUUCUUAUUGCCUCUGUGGUGUUCUCAGUCAUCUUCCUGUUCAUCAAGAACACCAGAAAAAAUGUCCCAGAAGGAACAAAGCCAGUGCCAGGACCAAUGCCGUUGCCACUGAUUGGGAACUUGCUCUCACUAGGCAAGAACCCACACCUUAGCCUAACCAAGAUGAGUGAGACCUAUGGAGAUGUGCUUCAAAUCCAGAUUGGCACAAAGCCUGUUUUAGUGCUAAGUGGACUGGAAACACUCCGACAAGCCCUACUGAAGAAAGGUGAUGUGUUUAAUGCACGUCCAGACCUUUUUACAUUUCGCCUGGUUGGUGACGGACAGAGUCUGACAUUCAGUCAAGAUUCUGGUGAAGUAUGGCAUGCACGCCGUAGACUGGCACAUAAUUCUCUCAAAACCUUUGCCAUCUCUCCCUCUUUGGCAUAUUCAGGCAGGACUCUAGUGGAAGACCAUAUAUCUAAAGAAGCCGAUUAUCUACUGAGGAAAUUCCAACAGCUAAUUGAAGAGAAAGGUGAAUUUGACCCUUUUAGAUAUGUGGUUGUUUCUGUGGCUAAUGUCAUUUGUGCAAUGUGCUUUGGAAAGCGAUACAGCCACGAAGACCAAGAAUUUCUAGACAUAGUCAACUUGACGAAUGAGUUUGGAGCAGCUGCUGCAUCAGGAAAUCCAGCUGAUUUCAUCCCUAUUCUUCAAUAUUUACCAAGUCGCACCAUGAAGAACUUUAUUGAAAUCAAUAAGAAGUUUACAGGGUUCACACAGAAAAAUGUUAAGGAACACUACAGAACCUUGGAUAAUAACUCAAUUCGGGAUAUUACUGACUCCCUUAUUCAGCAUUCUCAAGAAAGGAAAUUAGAUGAAAAUUUGAAUGUCCAGUUAACAGAACAGAAAAUUGUGAAUAUUGUAAAUGACCUUUUUGGAGCUGGGUUUGAUACCAUUACAACUGCUUUGUCAUGGUGUCUCAUUUACCUUGUGGCCAACCCAGAAAUACAAGAAAAAAUCCAGAAAGAGCUUGAUCAGGUCAUUGGUAGAGAAAGAAGGCCAAAGUUUUCAGACAGAGCUCAGCUGCCUUACACAGAAGCUUUCAUCUUAGAGAUGUUCCGCCAUUCAUCUUUCCUUCCCUUCACAAUUCCCCACUG